AUGAAUUCAUCUAAAGUACUCUCAAGAACUCAGUUAAAAGCUGUUUUGCAAACUAUUAAAAAGUUAUACCCUCCACAGUAUGCGGACUCAGCGUGGGACAAUACUGGAUUACUUAUUGACUGUUCCGUCGAAUCAUUGAAUUCAACGAAACCAAAGAUAAUGCUGACUGUUGACUUAACCAGUUCUGUCGCACAGGAAGCCAUUGACAAAGGUUGCAACGUAAUAUUAACAUACCACCCAUUUAUCUUCCCUCAUUGGAAGAAGUUAGAUCCAUGGGACAACUCUCAACACCAAUCCGCAAUCAAACUAAUCCAAAAUAGUAUCAGUGUCUAUUCCCCUCAUACUGCAGUAGAUGCUGCGAACAUUGGUGUCAAUAACUGGCUUGCUUAUUCUUUGGUGGCGGAACAUAGCAUAAUCGAAUCCAUCACUGCCAUCGAGAGAGUUUCACCAGUACAAGGAGAACAAGAGCAUGAAGUAGGGUACGGUCGUUUGGUGAAAUUAAAACAGCCUCUACCAUUAGCUACUAUUAUUCAACAAGUUAAAAAAUCACUGAAUAUACCACACUUGCAAGUGGCUACAAAGAACACCCUGGAUAGCCACAUGAUCCAGUCCGUUGCACUUUGUGCGGGAAGCGGUUCCAGUGUGUUUAAACACCUUAAAGAACCUGUGGAUCUAUAUUACACUGGUGAAUUGUCGCACCAUGAGAUCUUACGAUACCGUGAGGAUGGAAAGGCUGUAAUCCUCUGCAAUCAUUCUAAUACCGAACGCGCAUACCUCAAGGAUACUAUGUAUCACCUCCUCACAACACACUCCAUCGAAUGCGAAAUCAGUGACACAGAUGUUGAUCCGCUUUACAUAGUUUAA